CAGUAAAACAGUGGAAAGGGAGGGGGAGGAGGUGAGACUGACAGAGUUAGACAGGAAGAACAGAUUUACUGACUAAUGACUCGGGCAGGAGAGCAGACAGAUCCGGACACCGACAUAUAAAUACAGACCGAGAAAAGGACAGGUGAAGACUGUGUAACUGGCUGUUUAACACACUUACACACACACAACAGAUGAUGAAUAUUUUGUGCCAAAAUCAUUUGGAGCUAUAGAUGAUUCCAUCAAUCUUGACUAGAGCCCCAGUCCCAGCUGAAGAGAAACAGCCCUGUAUCAUGAUGCUGCCAUCAACAUGCUUCACCAUAGAUGGAGUUUCUGCCGUUCAGAUCUGAUGCCCCUCACGGUUAGAGGGCAGUCUCAUGGCAAUUGCAGCCCUUUUCCGGGGCAAGUGGGGUCAGAAGGGACAUGUCCUCAGUCCUAAAGCCCCCCCUGCAGCCCCACUUCCCCAUCACUGUGAUGAUGAAGAUGAUGACGAAGAGCAGUUGAACACGCGAGUGCCAAUUAGACGCAACUCUCGUUUUUACCGUUCCAUGAGGAAGAAAAGACACUCGCAAGGACAAGCAAAUGAACAAGACAGCCCCACCCACUCACCCAGAGCACCACGUGACUCCAGCAGGACCAGAGCUGCAAUCAUGUCUCCAUCAUACACACAACGCCCUCCAUUGCCUCCACAAUAUGGAGCAGCGUUGCCAGGCAACGGGAGCACCAAAGAAGGAGGCGCUUCCAGUUGGUCACCGUUAGAGGCAGGAGAUUGGCGGCUCAGAGGAGAGAUGGAGGAGCUGAGCACACACACGAGCCGAGCCUGCAGCAUGCAGGACUCUGAUACAUACACACACACUCACACACAACAUAUGGUCAGCACACACAACAACACAAACAGGAUGGUGACAAAGGGAGAGACGGCACAGGAGAACUUUAGCCACAGUUUAAACAUAGUGAAGAAUAUAGCAUUCCUGUAUCAGGAAUAUCGGGACUCUUCAGAACAGCAGGAAAUUGAACAGAGGAGGCAGAGAGAUGCAUUUCCUGAGAAAGGCCUAGAGGAAGGGUCAGGAGUCACUACAGGGUCAGGGGUUACAGUGGGGUCAGGGGUCACAGCUCCUGCACUUCAGCUGCAAUUGCGAAACUCAUCUCGCUCUCUGACUUUAUGGCAGAAUCUCGAGGCUGUGCAGGAAAGUGGCCUUUUACACAGACUCUCUCAACGAGAGGUCAUACUGCAGGAGGCAAUGUUUGAGUUGGUGACAUCUGAAGCGUCGUAUUAUAAAAGUCUGGAGCUUUUGGAAUCUCAUUUCCUUCAGAACCCACUGCUCAUUAACACACUCAGCCAAUCAGACAUGCACUUCCUGUUCUCCAACAUCGCUGAGGUCAUGAAGGCGAGCGAAAGGUUCUUGAUGGAUCUGGAGCACCGGAUUGAGGAGUCGCUGCAGAUCUCUGAUGUUUGUGACAUUGUUCAUCAACAUGCUGUUAACCAUUUUGACGUCUUCAUCAGUUACGUAAUCAAUCAGGUUUAUCAGGAGAAGAACUACAGGCGCAUUCUACAGGAGAACUCUGUGUUUAAGGAGAACAUGGCUAUGCUGGAGAAUCAAACAAAAGUUAGAGGUCUGUCAUUCACCUCGUUCCUGAUUCUCCCCUUUCAGCGAAUCACACGACUUAAACUGCUGGUGCAGAACAUUCUGAAGAAGGUGGAGGAGAACUCAGACAGAGAGAGGAAUGCUAUAAAGGCCCAUCAGGAGCUUGAGAGGAUUGUGAAGGAGUGUAAUGAAGGUGUAAAGAAGAUGAGCCGCACUGAGGAGCUGAUCAGCAUCGAGAAAACACUGGAGUUCAAAUCGAAGUCAGUGCCAGUGAUAUCUCACUCUCGAUGGCUCCUGAAGAAGGGUGAGGUUCUGCAGAUGUCCGGACCGAAGAGUACUCGCACUAUGCGAAGCCGAAAACUGUUCCAUCCCCUUUACCUGUUUCUCUUCAAUAACCUGCUGCUCAUUACCAAGCGCAGCUCCAGUGGGGAGAAGUUUCAGGUGUUGGACUCAUGUAGUCGCUCCAUGUUGAGGACUGAGGAUAUGGAGGAUCAGGGUCAGGUACUGGCAUUUGCAUUUGUGCUCAAACUGCUGGAAAAUCAAGAGGAGCGUCCAAUUAGCUACAUGCUAAAGACCAACAGCAUGAGUGAGAAACUGCGCUGGAUGUGCGCUCUCACCCCAAACCGCAGAACACGAUUCCUCUCAGCCAGCGCACACACACCAGGUACACACACACCAGAUUCUCCACAGGUGCAGUGUAUUCAGUCGUACUCAGCUCAGGAGCCUGAUGAAAUGUCAGUUGAGAUGGCUGACAUUCUGCUUGUACUCGAAGAGACAAAUGAUGGCUGGAUGAUGGGCGAGCGUCUGCAUGAUGGAGAACGUGGCUGGUUCCCUUGCCGCGUGGUGGAGGACAUAAAGAGCGCUGAUAUACGAGCUCAGAACCUGCGGGAGUGUGAAAGGAUCCAGCAAGCCCAGGG